GGCGCGGGGGCAGCAUGGCGGCGCCCGGGGCAACGCGCUGAGGCGGGGGAGGCCGUUCUGCUUCCCCUCCGCACGCGGCUCCUCCCGGUUCUCCUCGGCUCUGCCCGCCGCGAUGUGGCGCCGCCGCCUCCUCCUGCAGGCCCUGGGCCGCCUCCCGGCUCUCGCAGCCCGGGGCCGCCCGCUGGGGCCGGGCGGGGGCCGAGCUUACGCCCCUCCCGCAGAGAGGAAGCGGUUUUACCAGAAUGUGAGCAUCUCACAAGGAGAAGGAGGCUUUGAAAUCAACUUGGACCACCGGAAGCUGAAAACACCCCAGGCUAAGCUCUUCACUGUCCCCAGUGAGGCCUUGGCCAUUGCAGUGGCAACAGAAUGGGACUCUCAGAAAGACACCAUCAAGUUCUACACUAUGCACCUGACCACACUGUGCAACACAGCUCUGGACAAUCCCACUCAGCGAAACAAAGUGCAGCUGAUCCGUGCAGCUGUGAAGUUCCUGGAGACUGACACUGUCUGCUAUCGUGUGGAGGAGCCAGCUGCCUUGGCAGAGCUGCAGAAGAAAGAAUGGGAUCCUAUUGUUGCCUGGGCUGAGAAAAGGUACAAUGUGGCAAUCGGAUCCUCUACCAGCAUCAUGGGACCAAACAUCCCAGCCAGCACCAGGGACACCUUCAUCAGCCACCUGGCCUCCUACAACAUGUGGGCUCUGCAAGGUAUAGAAUAUGUAAUCACCCAGCUGAAAUCUCUGAUUCUGUCCAUGGGCCUGAUUGACAGGCACAUUACAGUAGAGAAAGCCGUGCUUCUGUCUCGGCUGGAGGAAGAAUACCAGAUUCAGCGGUGGGGCAAUGUGGAGUGGGCCCAUGACUAUGAUCUGUGUGAGCUGCGUGCUCGUGCAGCAGCUGGGACUCUCUUUGUUCAUCUCUGUUCAGAGAGCUCGACUGUAAAACACAAGCUGUUGCAGGAUUGAGGCUGCGGGACUGAGUGGAGGAGGAAGAUGCCCAGCAGUGAAUUACUGCCACGAUCCAGAGAGGGUAACCACCGUCCUGCCACAACAGCUUGUCUGAGAUCAGCCUUGUGCUGAGGAACUGUGGCUUUGUGGGCAGCUCCUUGCUGCAGUGCAGCGCCAGCAGUUUUGAGCCCACAAGGAGGAAAGGUCAAGGUGGGCUCCCUCUGCGUAUUCAAGGCAGCAGCACUGUCCAUUACCAGUGUCUGUAAUUCAUCAGAGGAGCUCCCUUGAAAGAAACGGCUUCCUGGGCAGGGCACGGCACAGACACACCUAGCAUAUGCCACAUGUCUUCAUAGCUGCCAGCUCCUGACACACACUUGUUAUGGAAAUCUGAAAACAGACUCCGUUGCAUCUGUUCUUCAUCCCUCUGUGUGCCUGUAUGUAACACCAGGGUCUCUCUGUUUGAUUAAAGGCACGCCUCUGCAAGAUACUGAAA